GUUCAGUGUCAGACUUCAAGUUAACAGCUUAAAGGACAAGUUAGAUUCCCUUUAGAGCACGUGUUCUUGUGUAACUAAAGUAACCCUGUUGCUAUAGUGAUACACACACGUGUAAAACAGUGCUUCAUCAUUUGACAAGCUGGAACCCAUCCACAAGUUAAUUGAGUGUUCAGGGAGGGCUCCUGCCCAAUUUGACUGACAUGGAUACAGCUUUAGAAACUGACAGACUCUGGGAGGAUCGAGAUGUCAGAUUUGAUGUGCCCUUGAGUCAGAUGAAGAUGCGACCCGGUGAACGUCUUAUUGACCACUUGGAUAGUAUAGAAGAUACAAAAGGAAACAACGGGGAGAGAGGACGACUCAUGGUCACCAACUUACGGAUUAUCUGGCACUCUAAGACAUUACCUCGCAUAAACCUAUCUGUUGGAUUCAACUCUGUGAUCAACAUAUCAACACGCUCGGCAGAGUCCAAACUCCGUGGUUCAACAGAAGCACUUUACAUACUUACUCGGUGCAACAACACCAGAUUUGAGUUUAUCUUUACUAACUUAGUUCCUGAUACUCCUCGACUCUUCACUUCCGUUCUGGCUGUGCAAAGAGCGUACGAGACUACUAAGAUGUACAGAGAUUUGAAGUUGAGAGGAGCUCUGAUUGCAAAUAAGACAUUAAGGCUUCUUCCUUUAGAAGAAGUCUAUGAUAAGGUAAAUGGAGUGUGGAAUUUAUCUUCUGAUCAAGGAAACUUGGGAACCUUCUACAUCACUAAUGUUAGACUAGUUUGGCAUGCAGAAAUAAAUGAGACUUUCAAUGUCAGUAUACCCUACAUACAAAUGAGAGCUGUUAAAAUCAGAGACAGCAAGUUUGGUACAGCUCUUGUAGUCGAGAGUCUGAAAAAUGCAGGAGGAUACGUUUUAGGGUUCAGGAUAGACCCUGUUGAGAAGUUGAACGAAGUAAUGAAAGAGAUACACAGCUUGUACAGAGUGUACAGUGCUAACCCUGUUUUUGGAGUUCAGUACCAAAUCGAGGAGCGGUUGGAGCCGAUAGAUCAGCUGACUAUACAAUACGAAGAAGAUGAUAUUGAGAUAACUAACGAUAACCCGUCUAGUGAUGCGUUUGUGGUGAGUAGAUAA